AUGUAUUUUACAGAAAAAAGUAAGACACUGACGAUCAGCGAGGUGGCAGCACAGUCGUGGGAGUUCUUUCUCGCUGGGUUCGAAACUUCCUCCACCACGAUAAGCUUCUGCCUGUACGAGCUCGCUCGACACCCGGAUAUCCAGAAGAAACUGCAAGAAGAAGUUGACGACAUACUGGAAAAGAACAACGGCGAUGUGACAUAUGAAGAUAUAAUGACGCAGAUGCCUUACUUGGAAAAGGUUGUGAACGAAACCCUUCGAAUGCACCCCGCCGCUCCACUUCUGAAUCGUGAGGUCGAGAAGGAUUAUAAGCUGCCAGGACACGAUUGUGUCUUGGAAAAAGGGACAAAGGUGAUCGUUCCAGUCCUGGGACUCCAUCAUGACAAGAAGUUCUAUCGAAACCCUGAGGAAUUCGACCCGGAGCACUUCUCUAUGGAGCAGAAGGCAUCGAGGCAUCCUUUCAGCUUUCUGCCUUUUGGUGAAGGUCCACGCAUUUGCAUUGGUAUGCGGUUCGCGUUGAUGCAGGUGAAGACGGCGAUAGUACAUCUGCUGUCAAACAUUGACUUACUGCCUGUUGGAGACAUGAAGCUACGCUUGGCUCCGAGCAGCCCAGUGCCGACACCAAUUGGCGGAAUCAACCUGAGGUUGGAGCGGUGACAAAAGCCUGUGUGCUGAAGACCUGCAGAUACUACGCUCUGCUCUGCAGAAAUGUCUGUUCACAUCCGCUGACAAGCGGAUCCAGGAUUAGCACUUUUCCGAGGUGGAACAUUAGCGCCAUCUUGUUAAUAAGACUGUGUUGUUGAAGAUUUUGGCUAGUGACCAUUUUCGUAUUGAUACUACUAUGUAACAACGUGUGUCAUUCAUUUUUCCUACAUUGUAUGGAGUGUUCAUUAAGACUGUUAUCACUGUAAAGUAGAGUAAUCAUUUAUUUCCCAUUAAAGA